UGUUGGUGGAGCUGGGGAAGCCACUCUCUGGACUGUGAGUUGUGCAUCAUCAUGAAUGCAUCUACAAGUUUAAAGGUGCGCCUUCCAGUGUUGGUGCUGGUGCUGGAGGUUGUCAUCCUGGUUCUUUAUGCUGCCUUUGUCACUUACGAUGACAAUGCCAAUGCUAAGCUGCAAAACAAUGAGACCAAGCCCAUGGAGAACUCCCUGUAUCGCGACUACCCCUACUUCGCAGAUGUGCAGGUGAUGAUCUUCAUUGGCUUUGGUUGCCUGCUGGCCUUCUUCCGAUUCUACGGCUUCAGUGGGAUGGUGUUCAACUUCCUCACAGCUACGUUUGCGAUCCAGUGGGCCAUCCUGAUGCAAGGUUUCUUCCAGUUUUACUAUGAUGGUAAAAUUCACCUCGGGGUGAUCAACCUGCUGAAUGCAGAGUUUGCCUGCGCUGUGGUGCUCAUCUCUUUCGGAGCUGUGCUUGGAAAGACCAGUCCUGUUCAGCUCCUGGUUAUGGCUUUGCUAGAGGUCCCUAUCUUUGCUGUGACAGAGUGGGCUGUAUUGAAAUACAUUAGAAUCAAUGAUGCAGGCGGCACUAUUCUUAUUCACCUGUUUGCCUGCUACUUUGGUCUAGGGGUGACAUUUGUACUGUACCGCCCAAGCCUCAAUGAUGGACAUGCUAAAGAGACAACCAGUUACCAUUCUGACAUCCUGUCUGUAAUGGGAACCCUGUUCCUCUGGGUGUUCUGGCCGUCUUUCAAUUCUGCUCUGACCUUUAAGGGUGACGAUCAGCACAGAGCAAUACUCCACACUUUUAUAGGUCUAAGCUCAUCCACUAUCACUGCCUUUGCACUCUCUGCAAUGUUUAACAAGAGAGGUAAGCUGACAAUGGCCGACAUUCAGAAUGUGACUCUGGCAGGUGGUGUGACUGUUGGUGCUUCUGUGGACAUGAUGAUUUCUCCUGUAGCUGCGUAUGCCCUGGGCGUCAUGGGCUGCACUGCCUGCUUCUUUGGGUACAAGUACCUGACUCCCUUUUUGGCCCAACACAUGAGGAUCCAAGACCAGUGUGGCAUUCACAAUCUCCAUGGGCUUACUGGCCUGAUAUCCUCCACAGCAGGAAUCUGUGCCAUCCUCUUAGCCACAGAGGAAACCUAUGGGCCCAGCAUGUACCAGAUUUUCUCUCAUCGUGCUCCACCUGAGGGAGAUCCAAAGCUGCUGGAGCUGCAGAAGCUGAUCCCCGGGUUGAAGCCGGGCUUGGGCCGCACCGCGCAGGAACAAGCUCUCUACCAGGUCGCAGCCGUCUUCUCUACCAUUGCAGCAUCUGCAGUCGGUGGGAUGCUCACUGGUUUGGCCAUGAAGCUGCCCUUCAUGGCGUCACCGACUGACAAGGACUGCUUUGACGAUGAGCUUUUCUUUGACGUACCAUCAGACUUUGACAACAUAGAAGUCCUCAAGAACCCCAUAAGUGAAGAUGAAAAGGGACAAAUCAAGUCUAUGGACAUCAAAGUCUGAGGUGUCACACAGAGGCAUAUAGCAAACAGUCACUGUUCUUGUGAAUAUGAGUCAUUUCAUGUUUUUUAUUAUCGUCAUUAAAAAUAUUUCGAAAUACACAUUUUUUUCACACUUGUUUUCAAGUGUUGCAAAUAUGUGAUUAUUGUGCCUGGUGAAUUUGGGGUGGAUGUUUCUUCUACAUUAAUGCUGCAGAAAAAGCUGUUUACAUUGUCACAGUUGGAAUUUUGUAUGUAAAAUGGAAAUGGACGUUUUGGAUUGUAAAUUAUUGCUGUUAUUGUGAAGGGAAGAUGUAAUGUAUCCUGUGCUAUUAAUUUCAUUUGAAAUAAAUGAUUCAAUAAAAAAAAAAAC